GGCUCUUCUGUCAUCAAUUUUUAAAAACCCCAACCCUCCAAUGUACAUGGGAUCAUCAUCAGGAAGCUUAAGCAUGAAGGUGCAUCAGUUCACACGUGGAUUAAUCUUAGAGCAUGAUUCAGCUACUCCUUCACUUACACUUGGUUGUAAACGUUUACGACCUCUUGCUCCUAAGCUCUCUACCUGCACAAAUGAUCCUACUAUUGUCACUCCUCCUUUCGAUCUCAAGAGUUUCAUUAGACCUGAAAGUAGCACUAGCCCUCGCAAAACUUCAUUCAACGACGACAAGAAAGACUCCUCUCAGGUGGAAUCGCACCCGGGAGGUACAAGGUGGAAUCCGACGCAAGAACAGAUAGGAAUACUGGAAAUGCUGUAUAGAGGUGGGAUGCGCACACCCAAUGCCCAGCAAAUCGAACAAAUCACAGUACAGCUAGGGAAAUAUGGGAAAAUAGAAGGGAAAAACGUGUUCUAUUGGUUUCAAAACCACAAAGCUCGUGAGAGACAAAAGCAGAAGCGCAAUAGUCUUGGUCUUAGCCAAAGUCCAAGAACACCUCCAGCCAUUGUGACUAGUCCUUUGUCCUUUGACACUAGGGGAGAAGUAGUGAGGGAGGAAGAUAGUCCAUACAAGAGAAAGUGCAGAGGUUGGACAUAUGAAUAUUUGGAGGAAGAGGAAAAGAGAAAUUGUAGAGAGGAUAAUGGUGAUAGGACACUUGAACUCUUCCCAUUGCACCCAGAAGGCAUGAGAUGAAUUAAAUGAAGGCUUAGCUGCUGAACAAGAAUAUUCUUUUUUAUGAUCUGACUCUUCUUCUCAUUUUCGUCAUCUUUUUACUUUCAUCUGCAUGCUUAAGUUUCUACUUUAAUUUGUUCCUUUUCUUUCUUUCUUUCCUUAUGUAUCGGGAAAGAGGAAAGAAAAGAGAGACAUCAGAUCUAUGUUAGUCUGCACCAAUUAAUUCCCUUCUCUUGGAUUCUGGUUAUUAGACUUAUUCCUGACCUAAAACCUACUAUAUGUGUUAUGUUUCAUGGGAAAUGCUGCAAAAAUAAUCUACUCUA